GUAAAAAGCGAAUAUUUAAGAACGGGGAGAUUUGCAGAGUUUACACAGCAUCGGGAGGGCUCGAACCCAGUCACAGGAGAUAAAAGGAAGACCAAUGAUGGGAUUUGGAAGCACAGUUCCAGAACACACAGCAAGAGAAACACAAAAAGCCAGCAAGAAUCCCGUCACCGACCUUAACCUAAAGGUAUGCCACGCUGAAGAUGUCUUGACCAAUCUGAAUGCUUUUCGUAAAAGCAGACUCUUUACCGACAUUGUGCUUCGUAUUGAUGGGCGUGAGUUCCACUGUCAUCGAGCCACACUCUCUGCUAGCAGUGUCUAUUUCAGGACAAUGUUUAGCACUGGUCUCCAGGAAAGCCAACAGGACACUGUGGACAUCAAAGGGAUCUCUGCAGACACCAUGGAUUGUGUGAUUGACUAUAUGUAUGGAGGGAGGUGGAACAUCCGAGAGGACAAUGUUCAGAGUCUGUUGGAGGCGUCAGACCUCUUCCAGAUCUCAUCGCUCCAGCAAGGUUGUAUAGAGUUCUUGGAGACCCAACUGGACCCUUGUAACUGCCUGGGUUUCUUGAGUUUCGCCAACCUCUUUUCCAUCCAGGCCUUGUCCGAGAAAAGCAAAAGAUUUCUCCUGGAGCGUUUUUCAGAUGUGAUCCAGCACGAGGAAUUUUUGCAGCUGUCCAAGGACGAUCUGUGCGACCAGCUGUCCAGUGACUUCUUGGCUGUUACGAAGGAGGAGACCGUCUUCGAAGCUGUGAUGCACUGGGUCCGCCAUGAUGUGCCCAAUCGGAAACAUGCACUGAAAGAGCUGUUGGAGCGGGUUCGGAUUCCCUUGCUGGAUCAGAUAUAUUUUGUUGAGAAAGUGGAAACAGAUGAGCUUAUUAUGAGCACUAAGGAGUGCUUGUCCUUGCUUCAAGAGGCGAGGAGGUAUCACAUCUUUGGCAAUGAGAUAAAGUCUCCAAGGACAAGACCAAGGAAGUUCACGAAUGUUGCGGAAGUGAUCGUUGUGGUGGGAGGCUGUGACAAGAAGGGUUACACAAUGCUGCCAUACACCCAAAAGUACAACCCAGGCACUGGGGAAUGGACACAGCUUGCCAAGAUACCAGACUACUCCAAAUCUGAGUUCGCUGUUUGUGCCUUAAAGAAUGACAUCUUCCUCUCAGGUGGGAACCUGUACAGUAAUGAUGUAUGGAUGUAUAACUCACACCUCAAUACCUGGGUCAGAGUUGCUCCUUUAAAUAAAGGAAGAUGGAGGCACAGAAUGGUGACACUGCAAGGCCAGCUGUAUGCAGUGGGUGGUUUUAAUGGAUUCAGCAGGAUGUCCAGUGUUGAGCGCUAUGAUACGUACUUGAACUGCUGGUCUUACGCUGCACCUUUAUUGGAAGCUGUGAGUUCAGCAGCUGUUGUUGCCUGCUUAAACAAGCUCUAUGUGAUAGGAGGGGCACUCAGCAAUCAGUUAAACUCCAACAAGGUCCAGUGUUACGAUCCAGUGAAAGACGAUUGGACACUUACAGCCAUAACUCCCUUUACUCAACGAUGCAUCAGUGCAGUGACUCUGAAGGACAUGAUUUAUAUAACGGGAGGACUCAUGGAGAAUAUGUAUAAAUACAACCCAGUCGAUGACUGCUGGACAAUGAUGGGCAGCACAUCAGGACCUCUGGAGAACUGUGGGCUGACGGUUUGCAAUGGGAUGAUUUACAUUCUCGGAGGAAAGGACAACAUGGCGGAAGGCACAGACAAGGUGCUCUGCAUCGAUUCCACCUCAGACAAGCUAACCCACGUUUCAACCAUGCCACAGUGCGCCAGUUACCACGGCUGCGUCACCAUACACCAGCGCGUGAGAAGAUAACAAGCGCACUCGUUCACUGCACGCAGGCUGUAUGUUGCUUUUCUUUUUACAUACUGGACAUUUGAAGUUGGCUGUUAUAUUCUUUCACAUGGUUUUUUUUUAAUAUUCUGUUACAUAUAAAGGCGCCACAGACGACAGCUUGGCAAUAGCUGGGGCUGUUUGUCAGAAACUGAAAAUUUAAUGUUUGAGUGAGUAACCAAUUGUUUUUAAACUCCUGCCCCACCUCCAACAGGUACUGACCCAAACACCACCUCCUAGCACAUCCCUGAUGGGCACUGACCCAUAGAGUUCUUCAUGGCCCAUCCCUGAUGGGCACUGACCCAUAGAGUUCUUCAUGGCCCAUCCCUGAUGGGCACUGACCCAUAGAGUUCCACCUAGCCCAACACUGAUUGGCACUGGCCCAUCACUGAUAAACCUGAUAAAUCCUGGUAUCCAGUAAUCAACAUUGAGUCAUAUUUGUGGCAGUGAUUAACCUUUAUUCGACAUAAUGAAGACAAGGUAUAAUUACAAGUUUGCAAAUAGCAGUUUUCAAGAUAUAAUUGAAAGUUAUAUUAUUCCAUUUGUGCCCUCUGCAGAAGUAGAAGUCACCAUUAUAUGUAUCUCCACCCUCUAGCUCAGCCUCUGGAGCAUUCUCAGAGUAUCUCCUGAAUUUACUGAAUUCUCUUUGAAGUCUUCUACACCUCUAACCCCUUCUUAUCCUCCUUUCUAGAAUUCAAACUCACUGAAUUUCGCUAGACCCAUCAAUGAGUUAUAAUCAGCAUGCUCUUGUCCAAUUAUAGGGAUGAUGCAUCUGCAAAACCCCUUUGCUGCCGACUUUCCAGCCUCCCUUUACCUUGUUUAUUUUGACUGUUGGGGCUAUUAUCAAUGCAGCUGUAGCAACCUAAAGGUGGCGUGUUUUUUUAUGUUGGAAGCAUGUAAAUCGUGUGCCCUACCCCCAUGCCAGGUGUGGUGGCAGAAUCAGGCUAUAGGGUGGCAGCUGGGGACCCUGGCCACCUUCCUGCCUUCACCCACCUGGAUUGAGUCCUGUGGCGGGUAGGCCCUCGAGUGGCUUUCCUGCCCCGCUGCCAGUUUGGGCUCUUGAGUGGUCAGUUAAUGCCCACCUAAGGGCCUCUUCCCACUGCCGCUGGUAUUAAGCCUGUGAUGGGUGAGGAGAGGUUUUGGGGGUGGGGG